GCAGGGCCGUUGGACGAUCUCGAUGACUCGUGGAGACAGUCCAAUUUUUCAUUGAUUAAUCAUCGAAAUAACUUUUGCAUCGUGUUACAUACAGUCAGAGCGAAAAAUAAGCCGGCAAAAAGUCGCACGGAUCGUGUCUUGAGGUUAACUGUUGCGAUGAGUGAUCUAAGCUUGUGUGCACAUAACGAUGAUUCUCGAGUGCAUACGUAAGAUUGCAGUUCGGAGCGAUUCUGUGUUUUGAUGAAUGUACUCGUACGCACUUCGGCCCUUUUACUUAAUAUUUCGAUAAGAUUACUAAAUUUACGAUUGUCAAAGACUGUCAUAGUCUAAAAUGUUUUGAGUCACUUGUUUGAGUGAUUUGCAAGAUAGGAUAAAUACAUAGACUAAUAUCAUUGAUCAUGAAUUGUUUUAAUUUCUUAAGGUGUCAGUCAAGUUUGACAGGGAUUGUUCGAUCAGUUCAUAUACAAACCAAGUAUAGUUCUCCUUGUUCAAUUUCUAAUCUACGGUUCAAUCAGUCAUUAUGGUCUCAGAGUCAAAUACUGCGUUCUUACUCAAGCCAAAGAGCUCCAGGGUUUUUCUCAAAAUUUGUAGACAACAUCAGACAAGAGAUGCAAAAAAACAAAGAAAUGAAGGAAAAUUUAAAAAAGUUCAGAGAAGAAGCAGAGAAACUUGAACAAUCAGAUGCCUUAAAAGCAGCUAGACAAAAAUUUCAUUCUAUAGAAUCAGAGGCGUCUAAGGGAUCAGAAGUGUUGAAAGACAGUUUAGAUAGUAUAAGAGGAAAGGUACAAGAAGUAAUUCAAGAGGCAGGUAAAAGUGAAAUUGGCAAAAAAGCAGGUCAAAUUGGUGAAGAAUUGUCAAAAACUGCAAAAGGGGCUGCAGAAUCUAUUUCUGAAACUGGUCAAGCCAUUGGUAAAACUGGAGCUUUCCAGACUAUAUCCAAGACAGCUAAAGUUGUUCAAGAAGAACUUGAUCAACAUGGAAUUCAAGGGAGAGUGUACAUAGCACCAAAGGUUUUAAGAAAAAGGAAAGAAAUUAUUGGAGCAGAUGAUGAAAAACCAGUUGAGGCAAAUACUGAAGCAUUAGGUGUUGAGUUACACAAAGAUUCGAAAUUUUACCAAUCGUGGCAGAAUUUUAAGGACAAAAAUCCUUAUGUAAAUAAAGUAUUAGAUUGGAAAAUCAAGUACGAAGAAUCGGAAAAUCCCAUCCUCAGAGCAUCAAGAUUACUAACCGAUAAAGUUAGUGAUGUUGUUGGGGGUCUUUUUCAAAAAACAGAGUUAUCAGAAACUCUCACUGAAAUCUGUAAAAUUGAUCCAAAUUUCGACAAGGUUAAAUUUAUCAGAGAUUGUGAAACUGAUAUAAUACCUAAUGUACUUGAAGCAAUGAUUCGUGGAGAUCUUGAAAUCUUAAAAGAUUGGUGUCAUGAAGCUCCUUACAAUGUUAUUGCACAACCAUUACAACAAGCUUUCAAAUUAGGUUACCGCCUGGACAGUAAAGUUUUAGAUAUAGAUAAUGUAGACUUACUCAUGGGAAAAAUGAUGGAUCAAGGGCCUGUUCUAGCCAUUAGUUUUACAUCGCAACAAAUUAUGUGUGUUCGUGACGCUAAAAAUAAUGUUGUAGAAGGUGAUCCAGAAAAAAUUUUGCGUGUUAAUUAUGUUUGGGUUCUGUGUCGAGAUCCAACUGAACUUAAUCCCAGAGCAGCAUGGCGAUUGCUGGAAAUGGGUGCUAAUAGCAGCGAACAAUUUGUCUAAUGAUAACACCUACAACUAUGUUUUUACCCAAAAAAAGAAAAAUUUCUGUGAAAUUUUUCAAAUAUAGAUGUAUUUUGUUAUUACCAGUUGCUGACGAAGUUGAAAUAGUGACCUGAUAUCCAAUGAAGCUCUGUAGCUGUUACUAAUAUAUUUGAUCAUAUUUUGAAAAUACAAGAGCAUAAUACAAAUUUUUAUUCAAGAAGAAUACAGUUUGUAGGAAUAUCAAUUCGAUUGAACGGUCUUUUUUGGAAGUUCAGUUUUGAAAAUAAUUGGAUGGCUGAAAAAGUUUGUUUCUUAACGUUAAAAAAAAGCGUUUCAUGUAAGAAACAAAUUUAUUUCACUAUGAUAUCAAUUCUUAUUAGGUAAAUCUUUAACAUCUGGUAAAUGAAUUUUUUCAACAAUAAUAAGUGAGUCAUGUAUUCACAAACCAAAUAGAAAAAUUUUUCAAAUCAAUUUUAAAAACGCGCGAUCAUGUUAUAGAGUAUUUAUCUCAACGUUACGUUUUUGUAGAUAUUGGACGAUUAAAAUAUCAAUUAUUAUACAUGAAGUAUGAUGUAUAUGUAUGUAAAAUGUUGUUGAAAAUGGUUGAAAACAUUACUGUAAAUGAAACCAAAUAAGGUGAGCAAGCUGUGUAAAAGAUUAUGACAUAAUGUAUAUAAAAUUAUCAUCUGUGUUGAUGAGACUUAGUCUUUGCAAUCAGGAAUUUGUAAAUACAUGCUUUUUUAUUUUAA